CACCACGAAAUUACUCUGAUUAAAAGUUCAGAAUAGCGUACCGAAAUAUAAACUUUUUGAGCGGUCUUUCUAUUUUUUAUCACGACACGAAUGACGAAAACGUGCAUUUUUUCCUAGAAAUCCUUUUGUAACAUGUCCGAUUCGAAACCAGAAUGUAAAUACGGUGAAAAGUGUUUCAGACUUCAAGCAGACCAUUUCAGUUCCUUCAGACAUCCUCAUCUGAAUACAAUUUUAAGUCAAACCAAUUCCGAUAUUCGUAUACCAUCUGCGUACUCUUGCAAAAUCCCAAAGGACAACUUACUACGUCAAUUAGAAAUUGUGAAAUCUUUCGAUAGUCCAAGCAAUUCACCGAGUUCCAGCAAAGCUGCUCAACCUGAUACCGGUGCGAAGAAAAUGGAUCCUGGAUCUUUAAAAAGAAAUCUUCUCAACUACAGGGAAUACGUACAGAAGCGUUCGAAAGGAGAUAUAUUAUCGAAAAUAGAACAUUCCGAACCGUACAGAUAUUUUCUGUCGGCCAUCGCUGACGAAAGUAAAACACACGAUGACAUGCUUAGUGUUUCUUUCCCAGAAUUAUUGAGCAAUAAAUUAGGAACGCUGGAAUCCUCCUUGCAGAUUAAUUUCAUGGUGCAGAUUACUUGGUUAUAUGCUCAGUACGCCGUAUACAACGAAAAAACUACACCGAUCACCUUAUUAUAUGGUUGUGAAGAUGCUGAAAUGAGUGAUGCUAUACAGAAGAAAUUGCUUCCCACUUUGAAUGCCACUUACAUCAAACCCAGUGCUUUCGGAUCACAUCACACUAAAAUGAUGAUAUUAUCCUACACAGAUAAAAGUAUCAGAGUUAUAGUCACUACUGGAAACUUGAUAGAAUUCGAUUGGGAAAAUACUACUCAAGGCAUUUGGAUCAGUCCUCGAUUACCUUUUAUCGAACAGCGAACAGACGAAGAAUAUCAAUUCGACUCCGAAACCAAAUUUAAAAAAGAUUUACUGUCCUAUUUAAGAGCUUAUAAUUUAUCAGUUCUCAAUCCUUGGAUUGAAAAAGUAAAAAAUGCCGACUGCAGAGAAGUCAAAGUGUUUUUCAUCGCCAGUACUCCCGGAACUCAUUCUAAAAAAGCUCCCGUCAACUGGGGUUUGAACAGAUUGGCCGAAUUAUUGAAUCAGAAUGCUCUAGUCCCGAGUGAAAAUGCUAAAGAUUGGCCUCUUUAUUAUCAAUGCUCGUCUAUCGGUUCGUUGGGUAAAGAUCCUCACGCUUGGUUACUCGGAGAAGUCACCAGAGUCAUGUCUUCUGCUAAGAAAUGUCUUUCGUUUCAACCACCUGUUAAACUCAUUUAUCCGUCAUUCGAUGACGUGUUUUCGAGUUACGAUGGACUUGCAGCUGGUGGUUGUUUACCUUACAAUCAAGCUACGCAUGAUAAACAACCAUGGCUCAAUCAGUAUUUAUGCAAAUGGAAAUCGAAUAUUCGUAACAGAACGAAAUCGAUGCCUCAUAUAAAGACAUAUUGUCGAAUAUCUCCGUGCAAAAAAUACCUCUCAUGGUUUUUACUCACCAGCGCCAAUUUAUCGAAAGCAGCUUGGGGUAUGGAAAAUAAGGCGAAAACUGAUCUGAGAAUAUUAUCUUACGAAGCCGGUGUUUUAUUCAUUCCUACGUUUUUGAUUGAAAAAGAUCGAUUUCCAUUAACGAAUGAGAAACCCUCCGAGGACGGACCCCAGUUUCCAUUACAUUACGAUAUUCCACCAACACCUUAUACCAGUAGUGAUUCACCUUGGGUUAUGGAUAUGCUUCAAAAUGCAUAAAUCCGAAAAUACAUUUAUAUUUUUAUACAUUUUUUUUUCAUCAUCUUAAUCGUAUCAUUUACAAUAAAAUAAUCCAUUGCGGUUUUCUUAAACUUA